AUGUUACCACCCAGACACCCAGGCAGCCAGAUUGCGGGUUAUUCUGCUGCUCAUCUUGACUAUCAAAGUGAGAGGGAACGACACUGGUGCCUCAUGACAGAAGGAAGACAGGACAAACAAGCAAAAAUUCUAGUUCAAAUUCAAAAACCUAAUAACAAAAUGCAAAAGGGAGACCACUUCUUUGCUAUUUCAGAAGGUGUCAAUUUCUAUGCAAGAGAGCCUGCUUACAGAGAUCUGCACUGGGUAAGAGUUCUGAGUGAACAAUCCCAAACAGAGCCUUCAGAUCUAUAUUCCAGCAACAUUAACACCCAGAAAGCCACUGCAGAAAAACUCAAAAACCCGCCAAAACAGUUCAAAUAUAUGACAUGGGAAGCAGCUGUGGGAUUUAACAUGUGGGAUGCGGAACAUGAUGCUGCACCUGAGGAAUUCCAUGACCAUGUUCCACUGUCUUCAAUCUCAGCUGCAUCUUCUACCAUGUUGCUGCCAGAAAAUGAGAAAGAAGUGGAUGCAGGUAUAACCAGAACCCAAUGCUCAGACUGGUUCAAAGAAAUACCAAAACUGAUCGUCCAAGGCGGGAUUGUCGAUGAAGAACAAAGCGAAUAUGGCAAGUCUCUAAUUACCCUUCCGAUUCUUUCUAAUGUAGUUGCAGGACUCUUUGCCAUCAACAUGGACAUCUGUAGUGUUUGGGCAUCACUGGUGGGAUUCUCGCACUAUCCCCAGUUCUCAUUUCAGCAACAGUACAUUGGGUGCAUCUAUGCAGACUGGAAUGAAGGUGAAAAUGCCAGAAUGGGCAUUGGUAGCUUCAAGACUGCAAACAAAGGGGUCCUUCAGCUGGACAUACAUGUGGGAGGACAAGAGCUGGCCCUUGCCUUACAGGGGGAGGCCAGAUGGAAACCCAAGUGGUUCACAAAUGAAGAAGAAAGGGUUGCUAUUCUCCAGGAGGUGAACACAUAUCUCUGGGCCAGUGCCCUGCAUGAGAUGAGUGUUGCAGUUGUAAGAAGUACCACCUUCACCCUAGAUCUGCCUCCCAUGCUGAUUCCUGAUCUACAAUUUGUUGAGGUUGCAGUAGUUUAA